CUGGACAAAGAUUUCUUGAAUUUGCCUCUUUUGGGUACCCAACGCAGUGUUGCAGGUACUGAACUACGGACUCUAUCCUCCGAACUACAUCUAAUCAACCCUCAAGCCGAGCUCACGAUCAAGCGACCCAGGCCGGUGUAGAACCUGAAGACCUAUAGAUGGGAAACAGUAAUUCAAUAAUCCUCCAUGUCAACCGCCACGGUAGACCGAACGGCUCGGGAACAGCAUAAGCUUUUCAGAAUCAGUAUGGAACGUGCAGACAUGGUCACCGGGGUCCAUGAUCGCAUGGGAGAAAGGAAUACAUCAAGUUAUUAUUGCAACGCGAUCAGUCCCACUGGCUAAUACCGAUGCUUCGCUGAUGUUGCAGGCGAAUCAGAAUGUCGAGCCCUGUGAACAUCAAUGUGACUGAAAUUUAUCAGCUUCGAUGAUUGAUGCAACGGCAAAGUGCUCCCCCAGCAUGUUGCCUACGUCUACCGCCCAGUUAGUUUCUUCCAAGGAUGGUGCACUGAUAUACGCCGAUGCGGCGGGUGACCCAACCAAGCCGUGCCUCGUCUUUGUACACGGCCUUGCUUUGAGUGGCGCUGUCUUCGAUAAUCUUUUCGCCAAUCCGACGUUGACAGAAAACUUCUAUUUGGUUAGAUACGAUAUUCGUGGCCAUGGACGAAGCGCGAUGCCGGAGUCGCUGGACGAUUAUUCCUCUGAGAUCUUUGCAGAAGAUUUCAGGGCUGUUGCGCGCGCCUUCAAUGUUAAAAAGCCUAUUUUUAUCGGAUGGAGCCUCGGAUGUACCAUUGUGUGCGACAUUGCUUCGCACCUUCCCAAGGACACCCUCGCGGGAGUCGUCUACCUAGCGGCACUGCCCUUCAUUGGGCCAAUCAUGGGCCGUGUUGGGACUUCGACCGUACUUGGCUUUCUUCCCGGUCUCUUCAACACAGAUGAUGUCAAUUUCAGCGCGAAGACCACCAUCGAGUUUGUCGACUCUCUUUUUGUCGACCCCAAAAAUGUGCCGUUCAAUUUCAAAGCGUCAUGCCUCGGAAGUGCGCUGCUGCAGCCCCCGAAGGUGUGCAGCCAUGUACUAUCACGGCCCCAGGAUCCGGAGAAGCUAUAUGAGCUCGGGAAGGCGGGGCUUCCAAUGUUAGUCUUAGGAGGUACAGCUGAUCAACAGGUUAAAGGGGCUGUUGUGGUUGAAGAGAUGAAGCCUUAUUACAAGAAUUUAGAUGUUCGUAUGGUCGAAGGUGGUAGUCAUGCACUUUUCUAUGACAAUGAAGCCGAGGUGGUAGAUAGUAUUUCUUCUUUUGCGUCCAGAGUUUGUACUAGUAAAUAGUGGCGGACCUUGUUACUCAAUGUGUGAAUAUCAAAAACUUUGAUAGGAAAGCUCGUAAAGGAAGAUGGG